GUCCUGUACUAAGCGUACAAGGCAAUUGAACUCGCUGAGUGAAGUGAAUAUUGUGUGUUUAACUCCUAUGGGGAGUGUGUGGGGGGGGGGGAUGCUGUGCUCUGAGUGACCACUAUAGGGUAGUGUUGUGAUCUGCAUUUGUCAUUGGCCCUGGUGAAGUCAUACCAGAACCGUGGGUGAUUGAACUCGAUGCAUAAAACUUAUAUAAUGUUUAAAUUAUAGGUAUUGUCUUAAAAACGUUUUUCCUCUUUAUUGUGAGGUCCGUUACAGACCUGUCUGCCACUGAACCUACACAGAGGAAACCUGAAUGAAUCCUCAUAUUUACUGAUGUUUGUCGCCUUUCAACGGGAGAGUGAGGAGGAUGGAUCAGAAUCUAUAGGGGGUCAUGUCUCACCCUGUCCUGACUCCCCAGUGCCACCCGCACCUGCCUGGACCACAAAGACAGCCAUAAGUGUCUUUUUUAUUGAGAUUUAUAAAUCAUCUGAACGAAAAAGUUUUAGAUUUUUUUAGGAUAUGACAAUAUUUGUUCGAUAUACAAAGUUAGCUGCAUCCACUGACAAACAUUACGUUUUGAUAUAUUACUGGUAGGAAACUUAUUAAAUAUCUUCAUGUAACGUGAUCUUUACUUAAUAUCCUGAUGAUGUUUGGUAUUAAAACGCAUAUUUUCCCCCAUACAAUGUAUUGUUGGCUAUUGGUUCAAUACCCGUGCGAUUUAAAGUCCAGGGUCGCAAUUGUUUAAAGUGGUCAGCGGUUCUCUGCUGGUCCUGCUUCAAAACACUGGAUAUCACAUGGCACUUGCUUUUUAUCAAAAUGAACUUCAUGAAUGUUACCAUAAAGUGUUUAAGCCCAGCAGAACUGCUGAUACAGGACAUUGACUGAAUAUAAUUUGAAAUUAAUUGGAUUCACGAUCCACUGUUCUUUUGGAAAAACUCAGCUUGUGUUCAUGCUUGAGCAAACCGAUUUGCGUACAGAUAAGAUAAGUUUAACGAAAGUGAUAUCUGAAGUGGCUAUUUUGAUUUUUCGGGAAGGUCCCUCUGUGUUGACGUACUACGUUUGGAAUCAGAGCCAAAACUACAUGAGUCAUUGUGUUAAAUACUCGUGUGUCCUGUAAAGAGUUCAGUGUGAUCUUGAAUCUCAACAGACUGAAGACAGAUCAGGAUCAUGUGUGCUGGCUGUGUUGUGCUUCUGGUUCUGCUGGUUUGGACCUUCACAUCUGCCUGUGGAGCUGAUGAUGGCUUCAAUAUAACCUGCAGAAAUGUGACCGGACGUGUGGGAAAAGAGUCGACUCUUAACUGUGACGUCUCUUAUCUCAACAAAACAUGCUGCAUGAUGAUGUUCAAGAUUAUAAACACACCAGACACAACGAUCUGUAAAGAGGACUUUAGAAAGGAUUUUGGAAAUGAUCCAUGUCUACAGUUUACCAGCUUGCCGUGUCCUUACAUUGCCAAUGAAGUCAUGACAUCAACAUUCAAGUUCAUUUUACACACCAGAUGUGGGAACAAAACAGCAGGAUUCACUGUGAACAUAACGGAAUCUGUUGAUGACACAGGUGGACCAAAGGAUGAUCCUACAAAGGAAACUCCUGUCCAAACAUGGAUUGUUGUCAUCAUUGCUGCCAUAAUCUGUUGCGUCAUCUACAUUUUGGGAUUGCUUCUCAUAAGAAACCAGAACGCCAAAGCGACUUACAGUGCACUUAUUACAGGGACAAUCCCCCUGGAGCAACAUGGAGUAAAGUGUCUUGCUCAAGGACACACUGGUGGUGGCUGCUGGGAUCGAACCAGCAACCUUUUGAUUACCAGUUCAGUGGUUUAACCCACUAGACCACCAUCUCCUUUAUUGAACAAUUACCCAUAAAUCCAAUAAUACAACAACUUUUGCAACAAAAAAAAACGCUGUGUCAAUGUCUGUUUUGAAGCCCUUGUGCAUGCUCAGAUAAACUUUCGUGUUUGUUGGGGUUUUCUCUUUCAGGUAUGUCCCAAAUAUGUCCAUUUAAAGGAGAAUUGAUUUUUGGUUUGAAACCUAUGACCACUAGAUCGCGCACUUGAGGUGCAAUACAUUGAAAACCUACUUCUGUUCCACUGCAUCAGAGGUUUCAGUCUUUUUUUACUUUCCAAAACUGUAUCUUAAAGCUGUUUUUUUGACAGAGUUUGUAUUUUGUAAUGAAAUGAAUAAAGAUUUGUCAUAAGGUUGAUUUACCGUAUAAACCCAGCAAACGUAUUACAGUAGUAAUAUUUAUAGAACAAGAUUUCCCUGCUGAAAAAAACAUUAGAACCCUGCUCAAAACACAAUAUUUGGCCUAAAUGGUAACAGCUUUAAUGGAUAUGAUGUGAAUUAUAUUGGAUUUUAUUUGUUUGAUGUUAUCUGGCACCUGAGAACCAAUAAAACACCAUCUGUGUUCACUGCUGUCUACUACCUGCACAUGUUGAACAAACCUCAGAAGGGGUAAUUGAUGCACACACGUAAAAGCAGCUUGGGUAUAUCUAUGCUUUGUUUAUGUCUUGUGGAUUUUUUUGUGCCUAUUUAUUACUUGUCUUUUAUUGUCUUAUAGCAUGUUGUAAAGCACUUUGGUCAACUUCGGUUGUUUUAAACCGUGCUAUAUAAAUAAAGGUGUAUUGUAUUUACUA